CACUUUCCAUGCCCGUUCUGGGCUAUCUGUGUUCUGGGGAGGAGGGAAGGGCUUCCAGUCACGUACCAGCUCCACAGAACUUGCUGCUUUUCCCUCCUCAACGGGAGCACCAGGGUCCUGAGGAGGCCACCAACACCUCACUCCUCCCUGCUGAGGGUCUUCGGGGUUUUGCAGGAUGUGGUUGGAUCCAAGAGCUCUCCACAGGAUGGGAUUUGCUGCUCAGGAGGAGCACCAAGAGCUGAGACCCCGUCCCUGGGCUCGGGAGCGAUGAGGAUCCACAGCCAGAAGCUCCUGGUUUUCUGCUGGAGUACAGAUGUUGAUGGGAUCCCUCCCUGAUCUUCUCGCCUCUGGCUCAGCUUCUGGCACUGCCUGGCAGGAGACAUCAUCCACAGAUUGCCUGGAUGGUUCUGAAUGGCCUGACCCUCAUCUCCCACCCCGUGGGACUGUGUGGAUCCAUCCCCACCCCUGGAUGAGCGUUCUGGAGGAAGGGGCCGGACUCAUCCUCCCGGCACGUGCCCGGGACAGGAGGACAAACAGCAGAGCCUCCAAGGAAGAUGCUCCCUGAGUCCUGUGGCCGUCAGGAUGGCAGAUCCAGGCUCAUCCCAGCUGUGUCUUGUCCCACCCGCUGCACCCCGAGGUGACAGUGAGGGGCAUCACGGUGGGGCCAGGGCCAGGAGCAGCAGCCGGCAAAACCUUCCUGGUCCCAGCCUUCCUCUUUCUCCUCACCCUGCCCGUACCUGGAUGGGGAUGUGAGGGACCCUCCUGGCUGCCUCCCCUUGGGGUUUGCUCUGACACCCCCCAGCACCCCAAAAUCGAUCUCUUUCCCUCAGGCCACCUUGCAACCUCCCCUUUCCACCCAUCCCAGCACAAAAUGGAACAACUGGUGGGGGUUGCCAUCCUCCCGACUGGUGUCCCUCGCCUCAGAUCUGCCCCCCCUGCUCCUUUUGGGCUAAUCCCUGUCCUCAGCGGUGUCGGUAACACCUUCCCAGUUUAGCAUCAUCCUCCCUGGCUGUAAUUACCGCGCUGUUUACCUCCACCUGCUAAUUGAUAAAGCCACUCCUGACGCUCGGCCCGAGCCUCCGCCCCGUGCGCUGGCAUGUGGCUGGUGGCACCAGCCCGGUGGCACCAAGCCUGUUCCCACCCCCAGGAUGUCACCCUGGGCUGAUAACAGGGGCUCCAAGGGCACCCAAAUCUUGGGAGGGCUCUGCUGCAUCCCAGGGUCACAGAUGGUGGUGGCUGAUAGGUCAGUGCUGAGGACAAGGUGGAGUUUUGGUCACCAAAAUGACUUUGCUGUCCCUCUCGCCCCCAUCCAGCCUCCUCAAGGUGGAUUUGGGGGAUUUCUCCCCAAAAUUGCGUGUUCCUGCUCUUCCAAAGGUGACACAUAUGCCUUGGAUUUCCCUGACUGGGGCAGUCCUGCUGCUCCCACUGCUCUGGCCCACUGCAGAGUGUCCCUGGGGAACCCCUGCCCAUGGCCAUCCUGGGAUGCACCCGGAAAUCCCUUCCUUGUGCCCUCACCCACCGCAGGAACUAACGCUGGGCAUCCCCUCUCCAUGCCCUCACCCACACCACGGAUGACCCAGGCAAUUCCUUCUCCUUGCCCAUCCAAGGGGUGAUCCAGGCAAUUCCUUCUCCUUGCCCACCCCGGGGACUCUCCACAGCUCCCAGCGGUUUAACUCCACUCCCUCCCUCCCCAUUUCCAGAUUUUCACGGAAAUCGGACGAAUUUCAGGCUCUUUUCCCUGCGCGCCUUGCCCGUGACAUCACGCUCCUCCCGCCAUAUGACGUCACGCCCCCAGCGUGGCGUCACUGCUGCGCGCGUCCCCGGAGGGGGGUGGAUGGGUAUGCGCGCUCCCGGAAGGGGCGGGGCCAAAAGCGGCGGCACUUCCGGGAGCGGCGCGGGGCGGAGGGGGAACAUGAGCUGGAUCCCGUUCAAGAUCGGGCAGCCCAAGAAACAGAUUGUACCCAAGACAGUGGAGAGAGACUUUGAAAGGGAAUAUGGGAAGCUGCAGCAAUUGGAAGAUCAGACCAAAAAACUUCAGAAGGAUAUGAAGAAAAGCACAGAUGCAGAUUUGGCCAUGUCCAAGUCUGCUGUGAAGAUCUCCUCAGACCUGCUGUCCAACCCCCUGUGUGAGCAGGAGCCCUCGUUCCUCGAGAUGGUCACGGCCUUCGACACAGCCAUGAAGAGGAUGGACUCCUUCAACCAGGAGAAGGUGAAUCAGAUCCAAAAGACAGUCAUAGAGCCUUUGAAAAAGUUCAGCAGUGUCUUCCCGAGCCUGAACAUGGCUGUGAAGCGCCGGGAGCAGACACUCCAGGACUACAAACGCUUGCAAUCCAAGGUGGAAAAAUAUGAGGAAAAGGAGAGAACCGGCCCUGUCCUGGCCAAGCUGCACCAGGCCCGCGAGGAGCUGCGCCCAGUGAAGGAGGACUUUGAAGCCAAGAACAAGCAGCUCCUGGAGGAGAUGCCCAAAUUCUACAGCAGCCGCAUCGAUUACUUCAAACCCAGCUUCGAGUCACUGGUCCGGGCACAGGUGAGGAAUUUGUUGGGAAAACCAAGUGAAAUCCCGUUUUUAACACCCAAAAAGGCAGCGUCAUAACAAAGCUGAUGCAUCUCCCGUAGGCUGGACUAAAGCUGGUCCCAGAUGGAUGCAGCUCCUCACAUCCCUCCCUCCCUGCCAGCCUCCAUGGGAGCUGCAUCCUCUUCUUUCCCAGCACUGGCUGCAUCCUUCCACCCCCAGGGAGGGAUACUGGGAGGAGAGCUUGCAAUGUUUGUGCUGAGGCUGGGCUCGGGCUGCAUGUGCCCCCCUGGCUCGGGAGCUCUUUUCCCACUGAAGUGGCUGAAAUAAAAUGGAAAAGGGAUGCGAUUUGCCCAAGGUGAUGAGUCAUUGGUGAGCCAGGAAUAGCAGCCCGAGCCCUGAGUCAGCUCAGCAGCUGCUCACCUGCAGGCACCUGGCUGGGAAGGGCAGCCAGGAGCAUCCCCAUCCCAGGGAGAAAUCCCGGGUGAGAGCUGGCAUGGGAAUAAUGCCCAGCUUUCCGUCCCUCUGUGCCUCCCUGAGCUGAUGGAGCAGCCGAGGGGGGUCGUGUUCCUCGAUGGAAUUUAUAUUUUCAGCCUUUUCUGUGGGUUCCUCUUCAGGAGUGGGAUGAGGCUGGAGGUGCAUCCCACAAAGAAAGGGCUGGAUGGGGUGGGACUGGGAUCGUGCAGGGUGCUGUGACUUUGGGGUUGUUUCUGGGUCAAACCCACCAUCCAAAGACAAAACCAUGUCAUUUUCCUUACGUUUUUGUCCCUGGAGGAAACCAGCAAGACAAAGUGUGUGACAGUGACACCAUCCAGUGCCACAGCGAGCUGGGAAGGGACCAGCUGCCUCUCGGGGAAGGGGAAGGACCCUGCUCCCCAGCACCUCCGUGGCUUUGACCCAAGGAGACCCUCCCAAGCCUCCUCCCCGGGCGGGCGAGUUCCCAUGGCACAGCCUGGCUGUGCUCCCGGGGCCGGGUGUCUCCUGACGCCAGGACAUGUCCCGAGCUCACAGGGCUGUAACAUUCAACACCAAAUUCUUCUCUCCACCCACAGGCCUGGGCCAAGCCAAGAGAGGCAAAUGUUUCCCUGGCUGGGGGCUUUGAAGUGGCCACAUGGAGAUGAAAGGGAGAGAUUUUGGAGCUGUCGCUGGUGUGAGGCGUGAACAGCACUUCCUUCCCGCUCUGUGCUUUAUUUUCCAGCUAGAAAAGACGAAAUUCCUUUGGAUUGUAAUGGAAUGGGGGGAAAGGCAGGCAGGGAUGGUGCUGUGGGCUGGGGGAGCCCGGCCCUGGCAGUGCCCCUGGGUUUGUUUUGGGUAGGGCUGCCCCAAACAAGCGGCCGCUGCCCAGCUGGGCAUUGUGGCUGGGAUCUAUAGAAAAUCCACGGAACACAGCGUCCCCAAA